UUAGAGGCCUGUGCCGGAGGGCCUAUUAUGUUACCCAAUUCGCGUAAGUUGUCCCGGCGCUCCCGCGCUAAUUCGCAAAAACGCGAAUUUUCAGUGAAGCGUUCCAAAUUCGCGAAUUUUGUAAUGUCAGAGCGCGGAUUCCACCGUGAUUGUUAUCGGCGAUGCUGAUAUACUGGCAGGCAGGGGAGAAGACAAGGGGCUUGCUAUUUGCCGCCAACCAAAUUGCUAUUUGCCGCCAACAAAAAAAAGUAUAUAUAUACAUCUUUGGUUAAGGAGUUUCACAAUCUACAACAUAUCCAACUUUCAGAAAACGCAUUGAAUCAGAAAAAUUCAACGCUCGCCGGAAAAGUCGCCGGAAAAUCAUCGGGAAAGCCUAUCCUCGACAUAUACUGCGUACACGCAUCAAUGAAUCAUCACUAAGCAGGUGCGUAAUUUUUUUUUGUAGUUUCGAACAAUUUUUCUGACGAUUUGAAACGAACAGACUGUGGGCCAAAAAAUUCCGGCGGGCGGAACCAGGCUGAGCCACAAGAUAUUUUCGGCUCAGCCUGGCUCCGGCCGCCGGAAUUUUUCGGCCCACCGUCUGUUUUUGGAAUUUUUCGGAAAAAUUUGAUUUUAGGAGUUGAAUUUAGAGUUUAGGAGUUGAAUUUAGCGUUUAAGAGUUGAAUUUAGCGUGUAAGAAUUGAAUUUAGAGUUUAGGAGUUGAAUUUAGCGGUUAAGACUUGAAAUUAGCGUUUAGGUUCACAGGAAUAUUGAUAAUAUUGUAAUUGUAGGAAAAAUGUCAGAGUUGUUACCGGCCGAUCAUGAUUACACACAGGAAUUUGAGAAUGGGAUCCAUUAUGCAAGUGUGAAGUUAGCUGAGUUAGCUGCAAGAACAAUCGUUCAGGAGUGUGGGUUCUUUAUUGGUAGAGGAGCAUGGAAACCGAAUACUGCUGGACUACAUCCUGUUACUGCCCUCUGUAUGUAUUGCGACAGAAGUAGUAGGAUCGUUAAGUCUUAUAAACCAGACCCUACGAAGGAGACGCGUGGGAAUAUUAGUUCGAAGGGUACUGGUUGCCAGUUUCAGAUAUGUAUAAAGGAAGUAUGGCAAAAGGAUGGUCCAAACACAUGGGUCAUAGUGGGAGUGACAAGUCGUGAAACCGGAGCUAAUAGAGGGUUUCACAACCAUGAAAAGGUGUUGUAUCCAGAACAUCACCGACACAACAAAUAGUUUAGUGAGGCUGAAAAAGAGAGGUUAAGAUUAAUGAGGAAGGCGGGGGUGAGACCAAAUCAGCAGAAGACGACACUCAAUACUGAAGGGGGUGUGCAUCAUGAUAUCAAACAGAUGUACAACAUAAAUUCCAAGACAAGAUUGGAUGAGAUGGGUGAAAUGGAUGCGAUACAGUUUGCGCUUCACGGAGCUGAACAUCGUGGGUACCAUAUCUGUUUGCAAAAGGACUCUAAUAAUGUGCUCACUAAUCUGUUUUUUGCGCACCCGACGUCCAUUCAGAUGUUGCAUGCAUGGCCGUACGUCAUCCUCAUUGACUCGACCUACAAGACCAACAGGUACGGCUGGCCAUGGGUUGAGAUUAUUGGGGUUACUCCAGUCAAGAAGAAUUUCAACAUUGCAUGUGCAAUUAUUAAGCAGGAAACAAAGGAAACAUAUGAGUGGCUGCUGCGAUGUAUUAAAGGGUUGCUCGGUGAUACGGUUCCGAAUGUCAUUGUGACAGACAAAGAAGGUGGUUUGCUUGCUUCUAUUCCUGUGGUCUUCCCUCUCCCACAUACUGUCCACCUCCUAUGUUUAUGGCACGUCAACAACUGUGUGAAGCAAAAGUUUGAAGUGUUACUGGGUGGAAUUGCAAAAAGAGAGGUAGCACAAGCGGUAUGGAAGAAAUAUUUCGACAAAGCUGCAUGGAGUUGGACCGAGGAGGGUUUUCUUCAAAAGAUUAAUGAGUUUGAGAGGGUCUGGACAGUGAAGAACAUAAAAAUGGUCCACUACGUGCGAGGUGAGUGGUUGCCUCAUCAGACAAUGUGGGCAAAGUGCUACACGAACCAUGUGUUUCAUCUUGGUAACACGAGCUCGAAUAGAGUUGAGUCAUCUCACUCUUCAUUCAAGACUUUCCUUGUGUCUGGUAGAGGAGCGAUCGACACUUGUUUUGCGAAGAACCACAACUACAUGGAACAUCAGUUUCUGGAAGUGGUGAAUGAACUUCACAAGUCACUGAACCGCAAUCUGAGUAGGGCAAUUGAGCCUCCGUGCACGUUUUUGAGGAGGGUCGUUAGUUCUGAGGCAAUCAAACUGAUGUUAGAUGGGGCGGCGGAGUUGAAGGACAGUUGUGCGUGUCAUUUUCAGAUGACACAUGGGCUCAAGUGUGCUUGCCAGAUUGUUCAAGCUAAGGAAGAAGGACGUCAAUUCUAUGCUCAAGAGUUGCAUGUAUUUUGGCGGACUUUGGAUUAUAAAAACCCCCCACGUCAACAACAAGUCAGUGAUGAAAUUGAGCUUCAACGAGAACACUUUAGGCGUCUUACUGUUGAGGUGGAAGAAAGAGGUCCUGAAGCAGUGAGACAAGCAAGAGAUGCCCUAUUCUAUGGGCUUCACCCAGCAGAGGACAAUGUGGAGAUCUGCGAGGCUUCACACGGCCAGGCUGGGUGAGCUACACGGCCGUGUGCCCCUGGCCG